CACCAGAUAGUAAAGGAUACACCCCGCUUGUCCCCAAGCUGUUCCCUGGUGUACUGUACCUGGUCGCUGAAGAAUGAAGGACACAUUGAUGCGAUGGAAGUUGCCUCUGAUCUGUUUCAUCUGGCAACUAGCAAUGAUUAUCCUCUUCGGGGUCUUCAUUCGAUACGAUGACGAAUCCAGCGCGCGUUGGAAUGUCAUCAGAAGAACCCGGAAUAUCACCAGCGUAUUGGAAAACGAUUUCUACUUCAGGUACCCCAGUUUCCAAGAUGUACACGUGAUGGUUUUUGUGGGAUUCGGGUUUCUGAUGACCUUCUUGAAGAGAUAUGGAUUUGGAAGUAUCGGCUUCAACUUCCUCAUUGCAUCAUUCAGCAUCCAAUGGGCUCUGCUGAUGCAGGGCUGGUUUCAUUCCUUAGAUUUUAGCGAUGGGAAAAUCAAAAUUGGUGUGGAAAGUCUGAUAAAUGCUGAUUUCUGUGCUGCCUCAGUGUUGAUCGCAUUUGGAGGUGUUCUUGGAAAAGUGAGUCCUGUCCAACUGCUGAUCAUGUCACUGUUUCAAGUGACUCUCUACGCAGUGAAUGAAUUUAUCAUCCUGACCGUUUUAGGGGCUAGAGAUGCUGGUGGUUCGAUGGUUAUCCAUGCGUUUGGUGCUUAUUUUGGACUUACAAUCACGCGUAUCCUAUACAGGCCAAACUUGGAUCAAAGGAAGAAUGAGUCUGUUUACCACUCUGACCUCUUUUCUAUGAUUGGAACUCUCUAUCUCUGGAUGUUCUGGCCCAGCUUCAACUCAGCAAUUUCAAACCACGGGGAUGCCCAGCAUCGUGGUGUCAUCAACACCUAUUGCUCACUGGCGGCAAGUGUCCUCACUACCAUUGCCAUUUCCAGCGUCUUUGAGAAGAAGGGCAAAAUUAACAUGGUUCACGUUCAGAACGGGACGCUUGCUGGAGGGGUAGCUCUUGGCACAGCUGCGGAAAUGAUGCUCACUCCCUAUGGAUCACUGAUUGUUGGAGCUCUGUCAGGAACUAUUUCAACAUUAGGCUUCAUCUUCCUCUCGCCACUCCUGGAGAAAUACCUUAAGAUACAAGAUACCUGUGGCAUCCACAACCUGCAUGGUAUUCCGGGCGUGAUUGGAGCUAUUGUGGGAGCUGUCACUGCUGCAGCUGCAACUGAAGGAGUGUAUAGCAGAGAAGGGUUGAUUGAUGCUUUUGGUUUCGUGGACGGAUUUGCAGAUCGGACGCCCAGUGUCCAGGGAGGGUUUCAGGCUGCGGCGCUGUGUGUCACUCUCCUUCUGAGUGUGGGCGGGGGAGCUGUUGUAGGUUUUAUUCUCAAGUUGCCAUUCUGGGGCGAUCCAUCAGAUGAAAACUGCUUUGAAGAUGAGGUGUACUGGGAGGUGCCAACAGAAGAAGAAGCUGCAUUGCACAGUGUUCAUUUUGAAAACAACCAACUUAAGAAGCCUACUUCAAAUGGAGAUCCUCAACAAUGAGCCUUUUUACUUUGCAUGUCAUGAAGAUAUAAGGAGAGUGUUUGUCAGAGACCCCUGUGCUGUUUGGUACUGAGCUACAAGUAAAAGCAGCACCAUCAAUGUACUGACUCAGAACUGUGCAAUACGUUUUCGCUUUUAACUCUACACAAAAGCCUCUGGUUAAUGGAAUCCUUUGAGAUCCUCUCGGGAUGACCUGGUGGGGAUCAGGAUCAUAUUCAUCUUUUCAACUCUUACUGGGAACAUCUGCUAUCACCUUUGGGCUACGCUGUGUCUUCAAGUGAUCCACUUUUUAAGGACAGAUCUGUUCAGGUCAAGGACACCGACAUAGACACUGACUCUCACCAGAAACUCUCCUGCCUGCUUGUUUGGUUUUGUAAAGUCCCAUCGGAUUUUCCCCCUUGCCUUCCCUGAAGGUGCCUGCUCUUGCUCCAACUCAUUAGUCACACAGGGUAGGUCAGGAAUGCCUUUCACAAUGCCAAUGAGGGCACCUCAAAGACCCCACAGCCAUUAAAUGAUUCCUUUUUAAAAGGUACACUCACUGUUGGAAUGUUAACCAUCCUACCUGACACCAAGAUUGAGCCUGAUUUUACUCUCAGUCAAAUUCCUAACACACUGAGGUGGAGAGGUGCAAUGUCACCUUUUAGCGGUGAAGGGCUUUUUGGCAUAGUGGUAGUGUCCCGACCUCAAAGGCCUGGGUUCAAGUGCCCCCUGCUCCACUGUUGUGUAAUAACAUCUCUGUAUAAGUCGAUUAGAAAAUAUCUCAAAAGUGAUAAGAAAUGGACAGGCUGAUUUGUACCUCCUUUGAAUCCCCUGUUCAUUCUGCUUAAAGCCAGUUGUUAAUCACUUGUUUUCCAGUGGGUAUCAAUGGAUAAUGAUCUGGGAAAAGGAACCUUGUUGGAUUGUAGUCCCUCUCUCCCUGGCUCAGACUGCAAAGGCAACUCUGUUGCACUUCAGCUGGUCUGAGAAAGGUCAACUGACUCAGCACCAAGCAGGUCAUAGAGUCAUAAAGAUAUGCAGCACGGAAACAGACCCUUCAAUCCAAUUCGUCCAUGCCAACCAGGUAUCCUGUAUAAAUCUAGUCC